UGACUGUGGUCGUGACAGGCUCUUCAUCCGGCUUCCCAAACUAGAAGAACUACAAUCCCCAGCAGGCGCCGCGCUGCCAGGCUGUCUCCCCCCACCCCCCCCCGCCUUCUUCCCCGAGCGGCUUGACCAGAGCUGCUGCAACUGCAGCAAGAAGUAGGGCUGAGGCAUUGGGAGCUGCACCGACAGGCCGUCGGUCGCACAGAAAGACACACAGAUAUAGAUAGUCGUGUGCAUAGUCCUUGGCAGCAAAUAGGCUGGUGUCAUUAGUUAGAAGCAUCUGCUGAAAGAUUGGGAGCAGAAGAAGGUGUCUACUCCGAGCCAGACCAACUGUAACACAGAGUCAACAGCCGCCCUGGAGGAGGCCAAGCUUUAUGUCCUUUAACCUGUUCAUCGAGCUCUCACCUUGGGCCAUGCAGAGGGACACAGUGGUGGACUGGACAGACAAGACACAUUCUUAUAGGAAGAAGACAGAUGACCCCUGGUGCUCCUGGGAGCCCCCCAACACCCCCUGAGCCUCAUGACCCUGGUAGUGCCCUGCCCCUGACGCCCCGGAUAGAGAGCCACUCAGAGGAGGAAGAUCCCACUGGGGCUGGCAGUGGCCUGGGCUGGAUCAGCAGGGGCUCCCGGACCCAGAACCCUGGGGGCAGCUCGGUGGAAGCCGUGCUGGGCCGGAAGAAGCACCGCCGGAGGCCUUCCAAGCGCAAACGCCACUGGCGGCCCUACCUGGAGUUGAGCUGGGCCGAGAAGCAGCAGCGGGAUGAGAGGCAGAGCCAGAGGGCCUCCCGGGUGCGCGAGGAGAUGUUUGCCAAAGGCCAGCCCGUGGCGCCCUACAACACCACCCAGUUUCUGAUGAACGACCGCGACCCUGAGGAGCCAGACCUGGAGGUGCCCCACGGGGCCUCCCACCCAGGCUCCAGCGGGGAGAGCGAGGCCGGGGAAGACGACGGCCGGGGCCGCGCUCACGGCGAGUUCCAGCAGAGGGAUUUCUCCGAGGCCUACGAGCGCUACCACACGGAGAGCCUGCAGGGUCGCAGCAAGCAGGAGCUGGUUCGAGACUACCUAGAUCUGGAGAGGCGGCUGUCUCAGGCCGAGGAGGAGACCCGGAGGCUGCAGCAGCUGCAGGGGUGCUCCGGCCGGGAACCCUGCCGCCAGGUGGAGGAGCUGGCUGCCGAGGUCCAGAGGCUCCGGACAGAGAACCAGCGGCUGCGGCAGGAGAACGCCAGGUGGAACCGAGAGGGCGGCGGCCCCGUUGGGGAGCCAGGCACCUAGUGGGAGGACGUCCCCCCCAACCCCGCGCCAGGAUCAGGUCCCGUUUCAGGACACGCUGGGGCCAGCUGGGGCUCCGGGAGGCAGGUGACAGAUGAAAACCACUUCCGGCCCCUCUGUGGCCCCUGAGAACAGCGAAAGUAUGUUCAGCCUUCCACCUGGUCAUUUCUGUAAUUUGGUCUUUGAUGUCUUCUUAUUUUUCACAAAGAAAUUAAAGGAUUUUCACGAGCCCAAA